AUGACCUCUCCCCAUCCCCCUCACAGCUACUACUCCAUCUCCUCUGACUACUCCCCUACCCAAGCGUUCGAUGAAGAUGGCGACUCUUUCACCUCCUUCGGAUCGAUCGAAACCCCCCCUCGCUUGCGAGCGAUGAUCCGAUCGAUUUUUGAUGGUACUCUUAACUCUCCCAUUCGUUCUUUCCCGGAUUCUGACUACGGCGACGCUAGCUCUCCUCUCGAAAGAGUGACCGAUCACCUCUCCGCGGCAAUCGUCGAGGAGGGAAUGAACGAAGGUGAAACGUUCGGCGAUUAUCGAGCUCGGUUGUUAGCUUCGAUUCCUCCUUUGCCGUUAGAUGGAGCAGCUAUGGUGUACUCGUCCAAUCAAGACGGAGAGUAUGAACUGGAUGAUUCCGUUGUUGCUCCUACCCCUCAUACUGAUCAAGAACAUUAUACCGCCGUCGUUGGUUCACCUGCUCCAGCCAGCCUUGGUUAUGUUCCUGAUGCGACAAACGAGGUUGGCCAGGACGUUGGGUUGCUUGACCCAAACGAUAACGGGGUUUUUCCUGUAGAUCCUCGCUUGCAGCUUCCCUCCGAGGACGACGAUCGAUCGACUAUAGAUUCCGUUUUCUCCUUGCUUGAUCCUUACGAGGAUCCCACCGAUACUACUUAUGUCCCCCCCAAGAAAAGCAAACAGUCCCGCGUCGGUCGCAAACGUUCUUCUGGAUCUCUCCUAGCCAAACCCAAGGCUGCUUUUGUUCGUCCAAGGGACUCGAGAGGCCGUUUUGUUUCACUCCAAUCUAGAAAUCCAGGCAAGUUGAAGGCCAAUGAUAAUGAUGACCAGCCCCUCCCGUCCUCGUCGUCCUCCUCCUUCCUUCACCGGGCUGUGGCGGAUUCCAACCAUCCUUAUUUAGCAGAGACGGCCCGCAAUACUUUCCUCAAUACUGUACUAACGUCCCCAGAAGAGGCCUUUCCUUUUACCUUUCAUCUUCCCGACCCGUUUGCAGCCCAUUCCUCUCUUGCUGGCCCAUCAGUCUUGGGGACCCACCCGUUCAUUCCUCCUACCCCUUUUAUCAAUAUUCGCCCUGACGAUCCUCGUCUUCAAUUUAGAACCGCUUUUGUGGAUCUCCUCCGGGUCAUUGUGCCCUUCCUUUCUAACUUCAACCUUGCCCCUGAUGAUCAUGACAACUUUAAAUUACUUAGUCAUGCCGUGGUUGCUGCACAAGACUGCCCUGAUGUGGCAGACCAUCAGUUACAGUUUGAUCAGUACUAG